AUGCCGCGCGGCUUUCUCGUCAAGCGCAGCCGGCGCCCCGGCGGCUCCUACCGGGCGCGCCCCCGGGAGCGGGACCCGCCGCCCGCCCCGCCGCCACCGCCGCCCGCCGCCUUCGAGGGCGGCCCCGCCGCUCGGCCGGGGGCGGAGGAGGAGGAGGAGGGCGAGGAGGAGGGGGGCGCCGCCGCCGCCCGCCCCGCGCCCGCCGCCGCGACGUGGACCGCGAGCGGCGGGGAUGCCGGGGGCGCCGGGCUCGGUCAUCCGGAGGGGCCGUGCGGCGGCUGGGGGCCGUGCGGCGCGGCGGGGCCGCGGGCGGCGUUCUUCGAGCGGUGCCCGAGCUCCCCCGCCUCCGCCGAGUCCUUCCCGCUGGCCGCCGCCUUCCCGCCGGUCGAGAAGCUGCCUCCGGCACCCCGCACGCCGCUGCCUGCGCCCCCGCCGCCGUCUGUCCCCGCGCUGAAGCGGCCGUCACGGGCCAAGGCGCCCGCCAAGAGGGCGAAGGCCGCGCGGAAGCUGAGCUUCGCCGACGAGGUGACCACCUCGCCCGUGCUGGGGCUGCGCAUCAAGGAGGAGGGCCCCGAGGGGCGGCCGGGCGUGGAGCCGCCGGGGGGCCGCACGCCGCUGGGCGAGUUCAUCUGCCAGCUGUGCAAGGAGCGCUACGCCGACCCGCUGGCGCUGGCCCAGCACCGCUGCUCCCGCAUCGUGCGCGUCGAGUACCGCUGCCCCGAGUGCCACAAGAUCUUCAGCUGCCCCGCUAACCUGGCCUCGCACCGCCGCUGGCACAAGCCGCGGCCCGGCCCCAGCGCCGAGGGCCCCGCCGCCGCCCCGCCGGGCAAGGAGAACAGCCCCGAGCGGCGGCCCCGCGCCGCCCCGCAGCCCGCGCCGCCCCGUCAGCACCUCGCCGUCGCGGACAGCGGCGCCGCGGCCCCCGGCGCGGAGGCGUUCUCGUGCCCGUGCUGCCAGAAGCGGUUCCGGCGGCAGGCCUACCUCCGCAAGCACCUGGGCACGCACGGCGCCCCGCGGCCCGCCCCCCUCGGGCCGCCCGAGCGCGGGCAGCUCUCCUUCGGCUGCCACCUGUGCGGCGCCCGCUUCCCCUCGGCGGACAUCAGGGACAAGCACCGGCUGUGGCACGCCGUGCGGGACGAGCUGCUGCUGCAGCCUCCGCCGCCCGGGCGGCCCGAGGGCGGCGGGGCGGCGGGCGGCGAGCGGCAGGGCUUCCCCUGCAAGCAGUGCCCCGCCACCUUCUUCAGCGCGCCCGGGCUGGCGCGGCACGCCAGCAAGUGCCACCCGGCGGAAGGCAGGCAGGUCCUGCUGCUUCAGGUGCCCGUCCGCCCGGGCUGCUAG